ACAAAGGAGAGAUACGCGCUGUUUCGCAUCAUGUAUGAAGAUGGAGAAGACCUGCCCGAGGAGCUUGCAGAACACGUCGCGAUGCUGAAAGCGCCGCGAGAGGCACCAUCGCCAAAUGCCGCCGAGCUGUCUUCCAGAGCCCUUACAGCGCGGUCCUUCGGCGAGCAGGACGGCAUCGACACGCUAAAAGCGAAGCUUUUCUUUCGCGGCGCAAUAGAUGGCGGCACACCUUUCACCGCGGUGACGGCGAGAACAAACCUGAGCAGCCGCUUCAUACCGCAGAGGCCGGUCCCGCCAGGCGUGGCACCAAUCGAACAACCGCAGCCAGACCAGGCAGUCGGAUAUCUCCCCACCAAGACUGCGUGCCGCAGCAAGUUGAAAGCACCGUUCACACGGGAGGAAGAAGAUCUCAUCAGCCUCUUCACGCUCUCGCCCGAAGUCCACUUCCCCUACUUUACCGCACAGUGGAAGUCCCCGUUCAAAGGCCAAACACACGAGCAGGCCAUCCCGCAGGGCGCCCGUGACGGCGCCACGAUUAUCAACUACCUCCAUACCUUCUACCAAAAGGCCCGCGGCACCAACCCUACUCUUGUGGAGACAUGCCACGUCUCGGCCACCGUCGACCUACGGACAGUCAUUCUGUGGAUUCAUUGGCGUAGCCCCGAUGGAUCCUAUCACAUGGAGCAGAUCGAGGCGGGCUUUCUUGACAAAGAACGUGACAACAUCGGAAUUCGCGCUAUUUUACGCAACAUCGAAGACUACGCUCUAUCGGCUCGAUUGGAGAGCAUCAAGACGGCCAUCGACCAGCUGAAGAGCAAUCCCUCGGCGCUAUCUAAGCCCGAA